UCCCUUCUUGCCAUCCAAAAGCAACCCCGAAGCUUUAAGUACGCAGAUUCCGCAAUGGCUUCAACAAGUUCUCUUUCAGUACUACAAGGAAGAGUUAUGGGCAAUAAUCAUCAGAACGCGCCUCACGCGCGGCGAAAAAACAGAGAGAGUACGAGUGCUUCUCCCGGCCGAACGCCGCCGGCGCUCCUGCCGUAGCGUUCCGGUCCGGGAGAGGAUGAUCGGUGCAGUUUUAUGCCGGAGGCUUGGCCUAGGGAGGGAUGGCGGCUGGAUCUCGGACAGAGAAGACCGAUCGGUUUUCUUUCUUCUUGGAUCGGGGGUCAAGGUGGCUCGGCGUGGUGCGAUCUACCGGCUGAGUCUGGUGUCACGGCAAAGGAUGGUGGCUUGCCGUUGCUUGGCGAUGGCGGGGCUGAGGUUGGAGGCUUGGCGAAGGCUGCGGUCUCAAUCUCAUGGCAGAGGCGGGCCUGGAGGGGAUCUGAUCUCUCUGGGGCUUCUGCUUCUGUUGGCGUCCAGGUACUGGGGUGGCCCGCUUUGUGGUGCGACGACGUUGUGGUGGUGGGAUUCGCUGCGGCGGUGGGGCAGUGCAGAGGGGCUGGACGGCGGAGCGCGCGGGCAUUGGACUCGAUCUUGGUGGAUUGCGGCGUCGGAUCCUUGUGGGGAGUGGCUUGUGGGCCGAGUCUUUAGGCUAGGGUUUUUGUUUAGUCUGUUUAGUUUACUGGUUUUGCUGUUAGUCUUUAGUUUGUUAGUUGUUGGAUCUGUUCGUCAGAUCUCAAAUAAGUCCAUGCUUUUUAGAGUUAUGGUAGUCGUCGUGGUUUCCGGCAAUCGGAUUGAUUUGGGUUGCUGGCUCGUUGUCAGGAUCCAGUCCUACCUGGUCUUUGUGCUAGGUUUUCAAUAUCAGCCUGUGUUGAGGAGAAAGGGUGAUUCUGGGAUAGCCCGCCCAAUAGGGUUCUAUUGGUUAGUACCUAUCCUAGUUAGUGCUACUUAUUUUGGUCCGAUUGGCUCGAGCAGCGGCUCAAUUCGAUUGUGGUUGUUGGUUCCAUUGACGCGUCCUUUUCUCUUUGUCGGAGUAAGGAUAUGUGAUGUUAGUCUGAGUGUUAGUGUGAUGUAUACCCUGAUGGGUGUUGUAAUUUGA